GACCCGAACCCACGUCAUCGCAUCGGCCGACCCGCCAGAGUUGGGACAAACCGAAGGACGUCAACCAUCAACAACCGCGCCGGUGUGAAAGCCUGCCCUAAUGAAGGCGCUCGCGGUUGUUGCGAGCGCAGCCGUCGUCGGCCUCAUCCCGGCGGUCCUUGCGCACGGCGAUGAACACGGCCACGGGAACGACGGCAUGGCCGGUUUGGGCGGUAUGAAGAUGGGCGACGCCGACAGGCCGCUGCCGGAGGACCAGUAUCCUCCCACGUACUUUGCGCAUCCCGACCACAAGGCAGUCAUCUACGGGCACAUUGCCCUGAUGGUUCUCGGGUGGGUGUUUGCGCUGCCUGCUGCUGUCAUGCUGUCGCUCGCCCGCUCACGGUACACGCUUCUGAUGCAGUUCGGCUUCCUUGCCCUGAACGCGGGCGGCGUGCUGCUGGGCGUUGUCUACAACGCGAGCACGCCAGAUCUGUACCCGAACAACGCGCACCACAAGCUGGGCUGGAUCGUGACGUUUGUGGUGUGCGUGCAGGCCGUGGUCGGCCUGUUGGCCCGGGUUGCGGGCAUGAUGAAGCGGGAGAGCUACAAGCUCGCCGGCCGGGCGGAGGAGCGCCAAUGCUUCAUCCCCGUUUCGACCGAGGCCAUGGCCGAGCACGAGUCCCGAUACCCGUCAGCGCCGUACCGCCGGUAUUCCAACGACAGCGGCCAGGGCACCGAGCCGAGGACCGAGUCGCUGGAUUCGCCGUCUUCCCCCAUCCGCGAAGCGCACAAGGAGUUCCACCACAGCGAUGACGACGCCGACGAUGACGUCGAGGCGCACCUGCCCAUGUUCGCCAAGUCCACCAAGGCUCACUCGAUAGUCGCAAGAGUUGCCGGGAAGAUGUCGGAUCGGUUCUGGAAGGUCCUCUUGUUUGCGUACAAUUUCGUUGACCGGACGAUUAUCAUCCUCGGCUUCAUCGCCCUUUGCACCGGCAUCAUCGCCUUUGGUCGCUUUUUUGAGGGGAACGGCAUCUUCAGCGGUUUGGCGCACUGGAUCAAGGGUGGCGUGUUCUUCUGGCUGGGCGUCUUUACACUCGGCCGGUGGGCGGGCAGCUUUGGCGAGCUCGGAUGGGCCUGGAAUAUCCGUCCCCAGAAGGCCGGCCAGAAAUGGCGUCCCUCGGCUGAAUUCGUUGAGAGCGCCCUGAUCUUCUUCUACGGCUCGACCAACAUCUUCCUCGAGCACCUCGGCGGUGCGGGCGGCGAGUGGAGUGCCCAGGAUUUGGAGCACGUCUCCAUCACCGUUCUCUUCAUCGGCGGCGGUCUGUGCGGCAUGCUCGUUGAAUCCAUCAAGAUCCGCAAUCUCCUCAACUACACCGUCACCGAAGCAGCCGCUUCUUCUACCAACAACCACACCUACAGCAGCGACCCCCACCAUCACCACGCCAGCGUUAGUAGGGACGAAGAAGCCGCCACCACCAUCACCACCACCAGUACUAGCGACUCCCCGCUCCGUGAGCCAGAAACCUACGCCUUCUCGACCAACCCCAUCCCCGCCCUCGUCAUCCUCCUGACGGGCAUCAUGAUGAGCUCGCACAGGCAGGAGAGCAUGGUCUCGAGCAUGGUGCACAAGCAGUGGGGCAACCUGCUGACGGGCGCGUCCUUUGCGCGCGGCCUGACCUACGUGGUCAUGUGGCUGCGCCCCCCGCGGUCUGUCUUCCCCUCGCGCCCGCCGACCGAGUUGUUGACUUCCUUUGGGCUCAUCUCGGGGGGGAUUAUCUUUAUGGCGAGCGCGAGCGAUACCAUAAGCGGCAUGAUUCACUACCAGCUCGAUGCCAUGUUCAUGUACACAGUGACCAUGGGCUUUGUUGGUCUGCUCAUGGCGUGGGUCAUCUUGAUGAUUGCGCUCAAGGGCUGGGCUGCGAGGCGCGAGGCGGCGAGCGCUUGAGUGACGCUACGUCUCACCGUAGUUAGAGGGCGUGCCCACUUCCAUCAGACUUUAAUAUUUUGGGAAGAAAAGGCGCGCUUCAAUGCGGUCGGGUUCUUUGAAGGAACGGCAGAUGUUGCUGUUGACUUGGUGGAGUGGAAUGGAUUGGGUUUGGUAGGGAUGAUGUUAGGCUGAAGGCGUGGCGUGGUUCGGUUUUAGAUACCCCUUGAUCUGGCUUUGGUUACGAUGUUGAUGAAAUUGAGAUUA